AUUCAUAUGUGCUACUUAUCAUUUACACCAAUCAAUUUCAAUUCAUACAAUCAAUGAUUGUAUCUAUGAUAAUGUAACAUUGAAAUUUACUAUUCCAUAUAUAAAUAUGAAUGUUUAUGAUACUAAUAUGUUCCUUAUCAUGUAAAUAAAUUAAGUAAUUAAUCAAUAACUCAAAUAAACAAUUGUGUACAAAUCUUAAUUGUGAGAUAUAAAUUCAUAGAAGAAAUAUAUUAAUUAAAUACAAACAAUCAUAUAUAUAUAUAUAUAGAGAGAGAGAGAGAGAUUAUCCAUUGUAUUAAACCUACUAUAGUGAAUAAAUGAAACAGUGUCAAAGAUAAAUUCAUUUAUUCAAUUCAAAUAAUUGAAUUUAACAAUAUCAAUUAUAUUAUUCAAUUAUAAUUAAUUAAAUAAAUGGCUGGUGAAAUAGCAACACCAUUAAUUGCAUUUGGAUGUGCAUUAAUUGUUUUUCUUUUUUUCAUCCUCUGUUUAGUGUCACAUCACAUCCUUUGUGGCCAAAGUAAACAUUCUCAAACUUUUCCACAAUUGCCUCCAAUCGAUUCACAUUUUUAUCCAGCUAGUCCACAUAGUAAGUUACAUUUAUUGUUGGUAUUUUUAUAUUGUAAGAUGGGAUUUUUAUUGGGUAUUUGUUGCUUCAUUAUGUAAUGUGACAGUUAGAAUAUUGAUAAUUUUAUUCUUAUAAAUUUUUUGUAUAUAUAAGACGUCAAAUGGUUGGAGGUAGUGAACUUCUAACCCUAGACUUAUGUUCCCCGCUAGUUGGCACUAGUCAGCAAGGUGUAUCUGUAAUGAUGAUAGAACUGAUGCUCCCCUGUGAACUGAAACACAGCUAUACAAGCUGUGACUUUCCGAAUCAGCUCUUUGAAAUGCUACUAACCGAUGGCCUUUAAGGCUUAGCUAUUAACAGUUGGUUGAUUACUCAUCGCUGUAAACCAGUCAUGUUUUCAUAAAACCAACAUUCUAAAAAGUGUGAAUACUUAUCCAUAUGGAGUUGUGGAGAUCAUUAAGCUAUAUUAAAAUCAUGAAACGAAGUUUGUCACUCAAUGUCAUGGAUUAAUUGAAGUAAAACUUGUACAUAAUUAGAUUUCAGUUCAAUGGUCUAAAGGUUGAACGUUCACUCGCGUGAUCACAAGUUCUGGUUCAAAUAACUGUGUAUGAAAUUCUAAAGAGUUUCAUAUUAGUACAAAUCAACUGUUCAUUAUUUCUACGUCCGUAAUCGUUGUCUAACUUUGAUCGGUCCAUGAUUGUUUUUCUGAUUGAAGGAAUAUAUUAUUAUCAGAACUGGUUUUGUGGAGUUUUUGGAAAUUUCGAUAGUUAAAAUCAUGAGUCAGCUGAAGCUAGAACACCAUGAAAACCUGGAAGUACUGGAAGACCGUUUCGUUCUAGUAUGGGACUCCUAAGCCAUGCGCACCCACGGUGGCGCAAUUUUAGUGGAUUGGUAGAAGUUAAACAUUAACACGGUUGGAUACCGGCUCAGUGGUUUAACUGUUAAGCGCUCGCGCACGAGACUGAUAGGUCCUGAGUUGGAAUCUCGUGGGGGGCAGGAUCGUGGAUGCACACUGUGAGGAGUCCCAUACUAGGACGAGACGGUCGUCCACUGCUUCCAGGUUCUCCAUGCUGGCCCAGCUCCAGUUGACUCAUGAAUUCAACUAUUGGAAUAUAUUAUUAGUAGAUUGUAUAUCUACAGUAUUUUAUACUCUUCUAUCAUUAUUAACUGAAGAAUUUCAAUCAUAUAAUAGAAAUCUUUCAACUAAAGAAACUUUUAACUGUCAAACAAAAAAAAAAUCAAAUCACAAAAAUUCAGUUAAGACGGUAACUAAAGUUAAAACGUCAGUUAAAAAACAAAUUCAAUACAUUUAUCACUAUUCUAACAAAAACAAACUAUUCCCAUACAUUUCACAUGACAUUUUAUUAUACCCCUUUCAUCAUAAAUAUAAUGAUAACUCAAUAUAACGUAAUUAACAAUGUAAAUAAUAGAAGAAUAAUUCAUAUGAUUUAAGUAUACAAUUGAAUUACCGAAAAUAUUCUAGGAUUUUACAAUUUUAAUUUUUAUGAUGAAAGCUAAAACGUUUUCUUUUUUCUUUUUUUUUUUAAUAAAGAGUACAUAUUUUAUUUUACUACUAAUUUUGUUGAUAAUCAGUAGUUUUUUAAUAAUUAAUACAUUUAUAAAUGUAUUGAUAUUUCAUAUUAGAAUAGUUGGAGAUUAACGCUAACGUUAUCUGAUCAUCUUCAGAACUCUGACUUUAGCUUCUGUUCAAUGAAAACAUUCUUGGCAAAUGGUUUCGCUGUAGUUUGUCUGACAGUGAUCCUAGAAUUUCAUCUCUAACAUCACCUUACAAAAUGCCCUUGUCUGUCCGUCUUAACCAUUACUUCGGACCUGAAAACAAACAAAAUAGAAAUGAAGUCCUAUGUCAUUAUUCCAUGAAAGAAUUUUUAGGCGCAAAGUCCUGCUUUGGGCACUCAAAUUUGUUCAAAGUAAACAUACCGUCUGCUCCCGACAUCUGUUUUAAGGCAUCCGAAAUCAUAUAGAUAGGUGAAUAAGACAGACUCGUCAAGCUACCAACAUCUGUUUAACACAGAUACAGAUGAAAGGUUGCGCAGCCAGUGAACCGAGCUGAACACGUCCUGAUCGUAAAAAAUCAAUGAACAAUCACCGGAAUCGAACCCUGAUUCCCCGUUACCCGUUACCAUCUCGGCGAGGAAAUCAUCUACCAACAAACUGAUGGGGCAGACAUUUGAAAGAUUCAUUACAGACACAAGGCCGAAUGCGAUCAGUAACGCUAUCCAGUUAAGAUUGAAAAGUACAAUAAUUCAAUGUUAAUAAACAUUCAGUGCUGAAUUCUAAGAUUAGUGAAUACUAUCUGUUUCUGAUCUAUAAUAUUGAAAAAUUAAAUUGAACAUACAUUUUCAAAAUCGAUAAAUACUGUAAGCAUACUGAUAUAUGCAGACGAUAUGGAAAUCAGAUAGAUAUCAUUGGCGAUAUUGUGUUCUAUGAACUAGCAAGUUUGAUUGCUAAGCUUUUAUUGUUUUUUCGUUAAUGAGUAAAUGAUUCAUCUACAAUAGGUAUAAAAUAUCUUAAAAAAGCAUCAUAAAGGUAUUGAAACUAUUUGAAAGUAAUUUUCUCUCCGUUUUAAAUCUUAUGAACGACACAACAGUAUUGACUAUCAAUAAAAUUAAACAUCACAAUACUUCACACCAAAUUAAACACCACACUUUACACCUACCUAUAUAUGAAAAUAGAUUAGCAGCAAAGCGACAUUACAUGUUACCACUGAUAUCAAUGUACAUGAACAACCAUCUGCAUAAAUUCGAUUGGGAAAAUAUCACAGUUCAAAUUAGUUAAAGUUUAAUCAAGCUGGAGAAAUUCUAGAGGAGUAGUAUUCAAAAUAAAUAGAGAUAGAUUCAAUCUGUAAACAAGAUAAGGAUCAGGCAAAUCAAAUGAAUGUCCAGAAGUCAACGGAAAAAGAUGGCCAACAGGAAUACAAGAACAAAUGGAGAUGAAGAAACUUUCAAAGACAACUAAUCACAAACAAGGCAAUCAAAACGAACUCGAAUAACCGAACAGAAUAAUUUCUACGUUGAUAUCGUCAGAUAAGAACCUUCGUUUAAAUUUUGUCAAAUAGUUUCACAGUAUUUGGGCGCCGGGUCAAUGUGAGACAUUAAAGAGGAAGAAUGUAUUUGUAAAAUCUCAGCAAAUGAAUUUGAAGUAGAUCCAACAUUUCGCCUGGAAAACUGGCCUAAGCUUUUUCAAAGAAAUAUAAUCAAACAUCGUUAAUAUCGUUGUUCAGAGUAACAACAAAACUUCAUCAGUUAAAUUAUUAUCACCGAAAUUAGUACAUGUAUACUUGAAGGUUACAAGAAAAAAUAACUUAGAUUGGCUAUUUCAUUACUAGAAAUCUGAAUCCAUGGAUUAUAAUUUCUCAAGAAUACCUUUCUGUUCAAUCCAAACCAUAUGAGAUGAGAUAAAUUCAAGUUAAACCAGAAUGUUUUUUUCAAUAGAAUAACAUUUAGAUAAGACUAUCAUAAAUAAAGAACCUUGAAGCGAAGCUAAUGAAAGUAUGCAUAUAAAAGAAGAACCAUUACAAUGUAUUCAUGAAGAGAUGCAAUUAAAAAUGAAUGAGCCAUCAACAAGUAGAACAGAUAUUGGUGAUUUACUCAAGUCCCGUUUAGAAGCCGCUGAAAAUGAUGAUGAUAAUAAUGAAGAUAAUUGUAAAAAUAAUGAAUCACCUUUAGAAUAUGCAUAUGAAGGAUCUGAUGAUGAACCAUUUCAACAUGUAGAAAUAUGUUCUGAAAAUAAGUGAGUAGACAUUUUGUAAGAAAAUUAAUACGCAUUCAAACUAUAUUAUUAUACAUAAAUUAGUUUUAUUUUUUCAUUUUAAACUUAGGAUACUAGAUAUUUAUUACAUGAUCUGACCACCAAAUGGAGCUAUUAAUACAGCAAAAUAGCGAUAACUAAACACUAAGCAGUUAGUUAAUGUCAGUUUUUGGGAAGAUUUUACACUAAUAUUUUGUCAACUUUAGUAUUAACAUGCGAAAUAGAUUCAUAGUAGUACAAAAGAGGUCCCAGGUUGACAUAUGUUGUUCGGCAUUUUAGUAUGUAAAUUGCACUCCUUUUUUACACACUAAAACCAACUUCACACACAUCAGAAUAAGCAAAUUUUCCGCUUGUUCUAGUGAUUUAUCUUCAAGCAACAGAGUAGAUGUAGAUUUCAUUUAAUCCUAUAAAUUAGUUUGAAUCACCUUUCACCUGAUUAUAUAAAGCUAUUUGAAAAUCCUUUGUUUUCUAAUACUUUUCAAUGAAAUAAUCUAUAUGAUCCAGAUCAGAAAUAUUUCUUCACAUCAUAGGAUAUCAACUUCACAAUGCACUUAGAUCAAAACUAUUUCAAAAAUAUCAUCACUGAUCAAGUUUAACGGAAUCAUUUAAUUGGUAGUUUGAAACAAAGUUGAGUGGUCAUGAUUAGUCAUUAUAUAAACGGAGAUUAAUUUGUAUAGUGCUUUAAAAAUUCCAGUAAAUUUCUUUAAAAUAUUUACCUCUUUGAAAGCUAAUUUCAAAUUCUAAAGUUAACAGAAAAAUCGACAGGAACCCUGACUUCAGAAACUGCAACACUUCGUUGACCUGAAAACGUUCAACAACGAAAAAGUGUUUAAAGAAUGAUAGGAAUAAGAUCAUACUAUCCAAAAUUGUAAAAUAUUUUUGUUUGUAAACUAUGUCCCAUAGUGACUACUUGUGAUUUAUUAUUAUUUUUUAACUUAUCAACUUAAAUAUAACCUAUGACAUUUCAGUUAUUCAUUCAUUAAAAGUUUAAAAUUCUUAACGAUAUUGCUUAACAUGUGUUUUUCAUGAAGUUUUGUUCUCUGAGCUAGAUAGUUUGGUCGUGGAGCUUUCAUCGUUCUUCUGAACGAAAUCAUCAGCACAAACUUCAGAUAGAAGUGAGGCGCUAACUCAGCGGAUGAAGGACAACAUCCAGCUAACCUCACAAGAACAAAAAGCUUUAAAGGAACUCAGAACUAGAAAAGAUAUUGUCAUCGUUCCAGCAGACAAAGGACGCACCACAGUGAUUAUGGACAAAGAAGAAUACAUCGAAAAGCCGAGGAACUACUUGAAACGCUUCACUUCUAUCUGAAGUUUGUGCUGAUGAUGUCAACCAGAAGAACGAUGAAAGCUCCACGAUUAAACCAUUCAGCUCAGAGAACAAUACUUCACCAAAAUCAUCCACCUGAGCUACAAAUCUCCACCAUCUCAUUAACAUGCGUUCUUUUAUUAACUGAAUAACUACUUAUUUGAGUUUGAAGUUAUUUGAAUAACAAACUAAACCCUGAUUCUCCUAAGGUCAAUCUAUUCUCAUUAACGUUAUCAAAUAAUAAUAUCAUCGUAUUAAAUAAAUUAUUCAUUAAUUUUCAACAAUUUAAAUGAAGUUGAUAAUAGUCAUAAGUCAUUAUCUUAUUAUUGAAUAAAAUUUUAUGUAUAUGUAUGCUUACUUACUCACGCCUGUUACUCCUCGUGGAGGAGCAUAGGCCACUUAGCAGCAGUCUCCAUCCAACCCUAUCCUGAGCGAUCCUUACCAGUUUUUUCCAAUUGCUAUUCAAUCUUCUGAUGUCUGCUUCCAAUUCCCGACGCAGUGUGUUCUUCGACCUUUCUCUUUUCCGUCCCCCUUCAGGAUUCCAAGUUAGAACUUGUCUCGUGAUGCAGUUUGGUGAUUUCUUCAAUAUAUAUCCUAUCCACUUCCAACAUGUUUUUUUUAACUUCCUCUUCAGCUGAAAGCUGGUUUUUCGUCUCCCACAGAAUGCUCUUGCUGAUGGUAUCCUGCCAAUGGAUGUUGAGUAUCAUGCGUAGACAACUAUUUACACAUACUUGUACCUUCUUGUUGACGGUUGUAGUAGUGUUCCACGUCACAGCUGAACCACUUAGAAUAUCGUCAUUAUUAUUACUAUAUCAGUAUAUGAAUCACUGAAUUUACGUGUUCGUAUAGAAGAAAAUAUUUUAUUAUUUAUUUCGGUAUUAAGAAAAAAUAAUAAAUCAAAUGUUCUGUUUUCAUUUAUUAAGUAGACAAAUUGAUUGACAACUCACUCUUAACUACAGUUACUUACGACUGGUUUAGAUGAUUCAUGUCUGAUAUUCAAAGUUAUUUUCUUUUCUACUUUAUCUUACUGAAAAGUAUCGAACAAAUGAACUAGUACAAUAUCAGUAACUGACUGAAAUCGGAUGUCGGAUAUGUGGAUUCAUUUGUCUAACAGGAGUAGUGCUUUUUUUUCUAGUUUUUAUUACGGAAAAGCCGCUACACUAUCGGUAGGUUAGUACUUAACCAACGUUACGUUAAGAAGUGUCAGUAACAAAGUUAUUUGAUUUAUAUUCAUAAUUUUUUUGACUGGAUAAUCAUUAAUAAUUAUAUCCUAAGACAUUUGAAUAACCAGGGAUUAUUGCUAUGUUUUCUUAAUCAUACUAAAAGCUCCUUUUACUAUUAUUACUAUUGUAGUGAACAAGAACACCAGUGGGGACAACCGAAUGUGUUUAACACGAAAUUACAGGACUUGUUAAUAAAAUCUAGCAAUCAUAAAGUAAAUGCUUAAUUUGCAAAAUGUCCACCAAUUGUCUCAAAAUGACUCAGACUUCAUUGUUCUUGCAUUUUCAUACAAAUUCUAUUCUGUUUCCAUUCUUUACUGUUCGAUCUUCUUGUCUAUCUGCUGCCAGACCUUCUGUUCACGACUAACAUCAUAUACUACUUAUGUCAAUAUACGUAGCACACACCACACUAUUACUAUUAUUAUUAUUAUUAUUAUUUUGUUCAGAAUGAAACACCAGUCUAGUGAAUAAUUAUUUUUUGGUAGAUAUAGUGUUUAAGGAAGUCUAUUAAAUUUGUCUAUAGAAUUGACCAUACCAAAGAGAAACAUUAAACAAUCAUUCCUAUAAAAAUAAACAAACUAUUAAUGACAAAUUAAAUGUAUCUUUUAAUUAAUUACUCUAGGUUGUCAAAUAAAAUUUGUCAUAUAAAUGAAAGGAGGUAAUAUUUUUAUUAUACAUAAGAAGAUUGUAACUUUUUGAUGGAGUUUUGUUCUCUAAGAUGAAUGGCUUGGUUGUGGAGCGUUUAUUGUUCUUCUAAACGACAUCUCAUCACCUGAAGCUUCACGACUAAACCAUCCAGUUCAAAGAACAAAACUUUAUCAAAAUUAUCCAUCUGUGCUACAAAUCUCCACUAUUGUAGCAUUUUUUUCAAAAUAGACAUUCUAUUGACAAGGUACAUUUAAGAAAGAAAUGUAUUAUUGUUGAACUAAAUUGUAUUAGAAAACAAUAUAAAAAGAGAGUAACCAAUUAUUGAAUUGACAUUGCCGCCAACAUAUCAAUCUUUCACCAACAACGACAUUUGGAAAAAAAAAUCCCAAACUAUUUAAAAAUAGUCUAGAAAAUUCAAAACAAUUAAUUAUGCUAAAGUAUUAGUCUUGUAUAUUACAUACUGGGAUUUUUAUAGAUUCUGAAGAUUCUUCCUUAUACAAGUUUACUAUCUACUGAGCUCAAGUCAAGUUUCGUUAAACUAAUGAUGGCAAAACAACCACUAAGUUGGAUGACAUAGUAUAUCAGUAAAUUAAAUUCGACUGUUAAAUAACUUGAAUGAAUCUGUAAAAAGUUAUUCAUCUAGAUUUUGUAUUUAUUAGUACUCAAUAAUUGUCUGUAUUGAUAGUUAACAUCUACCAGGAAAUAUAAAACCUAAUUAUAGAAUAAAAUAAUGGUUGGAGGUAGUCAACAGUAAACACUGAACCUAGGUUUCGUGCUGCUUGGCACUCGACAGCAAGAUGUACCUGUGACUUUAAGGAAAUCGGUACUCCCUGACGGAAUCGAUUCCGUGGCAUUCAGCUUCAUAGUCAGAAGCGUUAUCACUGGGCUAUUCGGGCCACGACCGACCCCCUGUAGGACUGAGAUGUAUGUACAAUUGAUUAAUCAUUGAGUGGUGGUGAAUUUCAUAUGUAUCAGGUCCUUCUCAAUGCACAUGUUAACAUUAUUACCAAUUAUUAACUGCCUUCACGUAAACUUUGAAAUACGCAUAGUAAAUUUAUUCAUCAGAAUAGAUAUUCGAUAUGAUUCCCUCAAUAAAAUUUAAGAACAGACCCACUGGAGUUUGGAGUGACUAAAUCACACGGUACAAUGGUGUAGUGUCGGUUCCUAUGCUGAGCCCACAUAUCUUAUUUUAGCUUCCGAACAGGCCAAUUUAUUCAUUCUUCUGGAGUCACAUUUUGACCUUGUUAAUUACUCGCUUGUCAACCCUGAUUGUUUUUAUAUAAGCAUAUAUGUGUGUAUUUCUUGUCUUACUCAUCACAUGUCUGUAGCUUACUUCUGUUUGACCACAAAUGUCGAUUAACGCUUGAUUAAAUCAAUUUGGCUCACUCGCAUUCUUUAUUUCACGUUAUUUUGUUCUACUUCUCUUUCCGACCAACGAAUGUGCAAUAUAUAUAUAUUCAAAAUUAAUUCUCGUAUUGGACUUAUUUAGUUCCAUUAUCCAUUAACGUGAUUUAAGUCGAUAGUUACAUACGAGGAUUACCGAUAUGUAUAUUUCAAUAACAAUCAAUCAUACGAUAUUACUGGAGUGAGAUAUUGGGCCACUGAAAUUAUUAUUAUUAUUAUUAAUGGCUUUAUUCAGUAUUAUGUAUUUGGUACAAUAUAGACUUCUCAGCACAAAGUAUUUCAGCGAGUUUCCCUUUCUUAUUUCUUGAUCGACCCUUGCAAUAAAUAUUGAGUGGCUACCAGUUAAAUGUUAGCAGACCAGUCAAUCGACAUUUCAAUAAUGUACAUUCUUUUCGAUGUAUAAUACCAGCAACUAUGAUGUCUCUGAUUGUGUUCUUUACUAACUUUUACAGUGAAAUGUUGUACACUUUUCACAAACACACUCGAAUAGUUAUAUGCGACUAAUAGACAUAAUGAUGUAAUAAAACAAACGAGAAAAAACAGAUAACCUCUCAAUAUAUCUAAAUGACAAGAAAUAGAUAGCUCAGAUAUUCAAACAGGUAACCGAAUAAUAAACAAAGAAUAUAAACAUGUAAAAUGCUAUUUUUUUUCAUUCACUAUUUAUUAUUCAACUUGUCGUUGUCGUUGUUGUUGUCAUUCACUUUAAAUUCUGUUCUCUUUUUGUUUCUGUUUGUUUAUUUCAGCUUGAAUAAAAAUGAAUCACAAUUGUCAUCUGUAAAUAAUCCAUCAGGUUUUGAAUAGAUAUGGACAAUUGAUAAAGAAGAUAUAACAAAAAACAAAAGUUUUCUUUUCUUUAAUAUAUAUCAAAUACAGAUUAUCGAUUUAAUUUUCUUUUUUUUAAAAGAAAAAAAAGAAAAAAGAAUUUCCACAUUGAUUUAUUAUUUUCUACAUUUAAUCUUAUCAAUAAUAAAUAUCUUUAUAAAUUUCCGUUGUGAAUAAUGGGAACUUUUAUUUCUUUCCACCUUCACCCCCCCCUCCCAGCAAAAUGUUUAUUAUAUACAUUAUAUUAAACUGUUCUGUUUAAAUAAAUAAAGUAUAUUUUACAGUUUAUGUACAUUUUUAUUUGGCUUAAAUGAUUGAUAAAAU